CGCCCGACGCGCCUUGUUUCUCUGUGUCUGGCCGCCUCUGUGCGGCAUUUCCACGCCCUGUAAUUCGCGCGCUUGUUAUUUGCUGCAAUCUACUCAGCCCUAUCCUAUCAGGAAAUUCAUUAAAGCUGAUGGUUGCUCGUCUGUCGCACAGCUCCUUCGCGCUUCUCCCAACACUUUGCUCCGCAGCUCCUCCCCUGUGAAAUGCGACUGUUUCGCCUACGUGUUCCGCUAACCCAUGAGCUGACUUUAUACUGACCAUGUGGAGGCGAACCUAUCUUCUGCUAAUCCUUGCGCGGCUCUACUUCGCGCUGUCCGCCAGCUACCUUCACCCAGAUGAGAAUUUCCAAGGCCCCGAGGUCAUAGCAGGCCGCGUCUUUUCAUACCCUGUACACUUGACCUGGGAGUUUACGACCGAGCGCCCGAUCCGCAGUUCGUUCCCGCUAUGGCUUCACUACGGAAUACCCAUGUACAUUUUGCGCUGGAUCUAUGAAGGGUUCGCCGACAACAACGUUACGCCUGCUGUUGUAUACUGGACGCUGCGCGUCUUGCAGUUCGUCGUGAGCUUCGUGCUCGAAGACUGGGCCAUCCAAGAGCUCGUGUCUUCUCCGCGACAGAGGCGCGUUGCUGUUUUAUUGGUCGCUUCGUCCUACGUGACGUGGACGCUGCAGACGCAUACUUUCUCAAACUCGCUGGAGACCAUAAUAUUGGCGUGGAGCUUGGUUCUGAUUGCGCGCAUAGUGGAGAACAAGAAACGCUCAGGGCUCUCAGCCUCAUGGGUUCUUGGAUUCAUCGUCGUGACUGGUGUCUUCAACCGAAUCACUUUUCCGGCGUACCUAAUUGUUCCCGCAUUCCAGCUUUUGCCGCAUUUCAGGAGAAAGCCACUGUCGCUGUUUGCAAUCCUUCUCUCAGGAUUUCUGACCACCCUUCUUGCCGUCGCUUUCGACACUGCAUUCUACCACCCCGACGGAUUGGCCUUGUCAACAUUCCUGUCUAAUCCUGUCAUCACGCCUCUCAAUAACCUGGUGUACAACUCUUCGUCGGCCAAUCUCGCCAAACACGGCCUCCAUCCAUACUGGCAGCACGUUGUCGCAAACCUGCCACAGCUCCUUGGCCCGGCUUAUCCGCUUCUUUUUACCAACUUCCGCAAGACUCUGCGCCUGGCGUCUGCGCUUUCCGGUGUUGCUAUCCUUUCACUCAUUCCGCACCAGGAAGCACGUUUUCUCAUACCGGCCGUCCCGCUCAUACUCAGUUCGAUCCGCCUUCCGAAACGGUUCACGCGCACGUGGUUAGGAGUAUGGAUGGUGUUCAACGUUGCACUUGGUAUUCUCAUGGGUGUUUACCAUCAGGGCGGUGUUGUGCCGGUUCAGAUGUGGAUGGCAAACCAUGAGGCCAAUGUGGGCACGGUGUUCUGGUGGAAGACGUAUAGUCCGCCGGUUUGGCUCCUGAAUGGACGGAACGAGGUCUUGGACACAGUCGACCUGAUGGGAGCGAAACCGGACAAGAUGAUGACGCAGGUCCUCAAUUCGACCAAGUGCGAACACGAGAAGCUGACCCGCACCGGUGUCGGAGAGCAUGCUCUGACGUACCUUGUCGCGCCAAAAAGUGCAACCUUCCUGGACAGGUACAAGGGUAUCGAAGGGGCGGUGGAGGGGAAUGCAAAGGUCACGCUGGAGAAAGUUUGGAGUUACCAGAGCCACCUCAACCUCGACGACAUGGACUUUGGCGACGACGGCGUGAUACCGACGCUCCGGCGGGUAAUCGGAAGAAGAGGGCUGGGGGUCUGGCGAGUGAGGAGAAAGUGCUCAUUUGAGACGGUUGAGGGCGGGAAUGGUGAGAGAGCGGUUGAGGAGGAUUAGGAGGCGCUUUGGAAUAGCGAGAUUGUAAUACUCGGAGAAUACCCCAACAACCAUUCAAUUCGGGCGCAAGAUGCGAGGGGGUUUUGGCGUAUGUGAUC